CCCAAAAACGCCGACCAUGGCCGAAACAUCUCCAGCCGCUGCCACGGAACCGACCGACGAGGAGCCUCAGGAGCCAGAGGCUUUGCCAGCAGCCUUGGGGCAAGGCUCGCCUCCCACGGCAGGCGACGAUGACGAUGUCGAGCAGACCUCUUCUGCUGCGCGCUCGCAACGCACGAGGUCGUCGUUGUACUGGCCAGAAGGCAGUCGGAGGUCCUCUUUCUCUGAUGGACAGGCUGCGACGGCGCAGGAAUGCAUGCGUCCCCGGAUGGAUUCGGCGCAGAAAGAGUCGAUUCGACGAGGUACCUUGGUACAAACCUACGAUGAGAUGGACUGGGAGCAGGCCUAUAUCCCGCCGAAGCCCAGCAAUUCCGACUUUCCGGCGCCGGCGGUUGCAACCGUGGCAGCCCCAGUGGGCACGGCGAAAGCGCUGGCAACCGAAACGAAGAAAGAGCAGGUGACUGCUGCGAUUCCCUCAGUUCUUCCGGCCGAACCAGUGGCACCUUCCGUGGCGCGCGUGCCCUGUGCGCCGACGCUCCGUGUCUGGGGAGCACCAGGACCCCUCGCUGCGCCGCUGGCAGUCUUGCAGGCUCAGCCAUUUGGAGCCUAUGAAGUGCCCAGCGCCUUUCCGCCCCGCGCACCGACCAUGCAGGUCCCCACCUGGGCACGUCCCGUGGCACGUCCCGUGGCGGAAGCGCCGCCGAGCCAGCGCUCCAGCAGCGUGCCCCACGUGAGGCUGGAGAAGAGGUUGGUGGCUGCGCCCAUUUCAUUCAUCCCGGCCACGGCCUGCAAGGUCCAGGGCGCGGGUCAGCGGCCCGUGCAGGAGUGGCAGGAAGCGGAGGUCUGCCAGUGGCUCAGCGAGGUCUUCCUGGCGCCACAGGAGCUGGUGCAGAUGGUGGAGCAGCAGGCGAUCACGGGGAAGGUGCUGUUGAGCUUGACCGAGAGCGACCUCGCCGAGCUCUCCGUCCCCAAGUUCGGGCACCGGCGCCUGCUGAUGCUGGCGGCGCACGAGCUACGGCGGCUGGCAAUGUCCGCGAUGAAUCCGGCGCCGAGCUACGCCUUUCAGGCGCCCGCCUCGAGCCCCAGCGGCUCGGUCAAUGGCUCUGGGCCACAGCUCUGUGUGGGAGGUCCUGUGGUCAAUGGCAACCAGGCGCCCCCUUCAGUGCGGAGCACGCUUCCUGGCGCCUUGAAGCGAGGGGUACAGGUCCUGCAGUAUCCAUGCGCGCCGCAGUCUGCCAUCAGCCCAAGCGCACAAGUGGGAGGCAGAACCCUGGCAACCCCUCGUGUACGAUCGGUGGUGGCCCCCGUUCCCGGGCAAAGCUUGGACUGGAAGGGCUCCCACGUGGCAGCGCCGGUGCCUGCCGCGCCGGCGUCGCAAUGCCAAGUGGAACUGGCACCGUCACCAAGGGAUACGGUGGAGGAUGCGUCCAGACCCGGGACAGCGCUGCGCAGUCGCUCCAUGUCGCCGCAAAGUCGGCCGAUAUGCUCCGGUGCCGGGGCACCCUGUGUACCCUGUGCACCCUGUGCACCCUGUGCGCCCUGUGCUCGCAGGACAAGCCCUUCCCAUCGCUUUGCUUGGGAGCCCCUAGCACACAAGGCCUCCUCGUCCUUGACCCGGCUCUAAGGGGCCAGGGCGCCAUGGCCCAUGGGCCCGAAUUGGGGAACAACAUGGGACAACAA